AGCAACGAUGGUCACCGAUUUUUUAUAUCGAGACAUAAACAUAGAACAUAGUUUGUUUCCGGAAAAAGAAAUGACUUUGAGAAUGACACAAGUACGCAGAUCGGGUUAAUUAGUCACAUAUCCAGUAGUGCGCCGUACUUGCCAUGUCCUGCAGACCUUAGACACGAGGCCGCAUAUAUCACAUAUGGUAUAAACACACGACCAGUUCUCAUCUAUUAUAAAAGCGUUUAACAUCAUUGGAAGUAAUCUUAGCGAUAAUUCAAACGUAUCAGACGCCUCGUUCCAAUAUGAAAUACUUAGCAAUUUGUGCUUUCGUUCUAUGUGCACAUAAUGUUGCGGGAAGGAGAAUAACUAAUACAACAGACGUACACAAUGAAGAUCAUGGGAAAAUGAAUGAAACACAAAUGUGCCACUACAGUGACCCGGACAUCGCAAACUGUAUAAAGCGUAUGGCGGAGCAAGCGCGGCAAGUGCUGGCCCACGGCAUACCAUCUCUCAACAUACAGCCCCUCGAGCCUCUCAAAAUACCCAACAUAAGACUGAGACAACACAAUGCUCCCAAAUCUGGCUUCAAAUAUGAUGCGUGGUUCUCUGAUGUUGAACUCCGUGGACUUACGAACUACACAUUCAAUAAGUUGGACGUUUAUCCACAAGAAUUGAAGGUUAACACGAACAUAAGUCUGCCGCACCUUGCCAUGAGCGGAGAAUACGUAGUCAUCGGACAGUUUCAGAUGCUGCCUGUUGAAUCAACGGGCAAAAUGGCCGCUAACUUCACUCUGUGUACGGCGGCUUUAGAAGCGGUCGGUGCUAAAGUUCAUAAAAGAAUAGUGGUCCGCGAUGCCAACGUCAAGCUGAAAUGUGCUGGACAAUUGAGCGCUGACCUCAUGGAGGCACACUCCACAACACAUGAAAUGGAAAUGAUAACAAGUCAUCUAAUCGGAAUGCACUCUUCAGAGAUAGCUAAAGAAGUACAGCCGGCUGUUGAGACAGCGCUCGCGAUGGUCCUAGAAGAUAUCGCCAACAAAUUCCUCAAACGUAUCCCAUCUAACAUGGUUUUCCCAAAUUAAAAAAAAAAAUCUA